CUGCGUAGGCCUCCUGUGCGCGUGCGCAGUGUCGCGUCGACGAGCCUCUCCAUCGAUACGCUCGGAAGCAACUUCCUCAGCCUAGGCACUGUCCGCGCAGGCGCAACCCAGCUGCCGCGGCCGCCGCCAUCUUCGCGGCGGGAAGAGUCGGGGUCUGGAACAGCUGGAGGCGGCGGCGGUGACAGGAGUAGCUUCACGGAAGGGAGGAUCCUCUGCGUCUGCUCUCUCCGCCGGAAAUGGCCAAUGUGCUCUGUAACAGAGCCAGACUGGUUUCCUAUCUCCCAGGAUUUUACUCUUUAAUUAAAAGGGUUGUCAAUCCCAAAGCCUUUUCAACUGCAGGAUCUUCAGGUUCUGAUGAGUCUCAUGUGGCCACUGCACCUCCCGAUAUAUGCUCUCGAACAAUAUGGCCAGAUGAAAUAAUGGGACCAUUUGGGCCUCAGGACCAGAGAUUUCAGCUUCCUGGGAACAUAGGUUUUGAUUGUCAUCUCAAUGGGACCGUGUCACAGAAGAAAAGCCAGGUUCAUAAAACUUUACCUGAUGUUUUAGCAGAACCUUUAUCAAGUGAAAGACAUGAGUUUGUGAUGGCACAAUAUGUGAAUGAAUUUCAGGGUAAUGAUGCACCUGUUGAACAAGAAGUUAACAAUGCAGAAACGUACUUUGAAAGUGCCAAAGUGGAGUGUGCAAUCCAAACAUGCCCAGAAUUGCUACGAAGAGAUUUUCAAUCACUGUUUCCAGAAAUGGCCACCAACAAACUAAUGAUUCUGACUGUAACACAGAAAACUAAGAAUUAUAUGACUAUGUGGAGUGAGGAGGUAGAAAAUGAAAGAGAAAUGCUCUUAGAAAAGUUUAUCAAUGGUGCUAAGGAAAUAUGCUAUGCUCUUCGAGCUGAAGGCUAUUGGGCUGACUUUAUUGACCCAUCAUCUGGUUUGGCGUUUUUUGGACCAUAUACAAACACCACUCUUUUUGAAACAGAUGAACGCUAUCGUCAUUUAGGAUUCUCUAUUGAUGACCUUGGCUGCUGUAAAGUGAUUCGUCAUAAUCUCUGGGGUACCCACGUGGUUGUAGGAAGUAUCUUCACGAAUGCAACACCAGAUAGCCAUAUUAUGAAGAAAUUAAGUGGAAACUAGCAGUAAUGUCGAUUUAUUUACUGUACUAUUUCUACUUAGCAUUUGGGUUGAUCUAUAAACACUGUCAAAGGCUUCAGAUUUUAAAAUUUACUUAUUUCUAGGUAUUUAUUUCAACAUUUGUAAAUUUACAGCAUUGACAAGGAUUUGUGAUUUUUAAAUCUCAAAAGUUCAUAUUGGCUGUGAAUACAUGUUAAGCACAUCCACAUUGUACAGAAUGUGGUAAAUAACAUGUAACUAUGGUAUGAUCUAUUGUUACUGCUCCCCUUUAUUGGAAAAACCUUAAUUUUAAUUAUUUUCUCCCAAAAUAAAUUAUACAUUUGCUUAUGGUA